UUAAGACUUGAAGCCAAGUGCUUGCCUUCUGCCAAAUUGGCAGUAAAAUUUCCUGUUUGUUCAAAGCGCUUGCAUCUGAUUACUCCAACUAUCAAACGGUUAAGAGGGAAACGAUUCAAAAUUGCUGUGGUUCUUCCAAGUGAUGCUCAAAAUGGAGGAAUACUGAUUUAUCUGCUGGAGGAGGACUCAUAAUGAUGGACUAACGCCACUCAAGAACAUCGUCAAUAUCCAUUCCCGGAUGUUAAGAAGAAUAAUUGUCUGGCAAGGAUAAUUCUGAAGCACUUAAAAGAAAAAAACAUUAUUUUAAACUGAAAGAUCAUGCUCAGCUCAAUUGAUGAAGUGCACGUGGUGGGUUUGAACGUCAGAACAGACUGGGAAGAGUGACCACUCCCCUCCCCCAACCCAUCCCCACCCUCUCUCUUUCUACAUCACAAAGGAAGGCACUAGACAGAGUGAAAUGAAUGAACAGCCUUCUUUGCCAGACAAUAAAAAAUACCUUUAACAGGGAGCCCUGAGUUGCCAACUACCAAAGUCUUACCUUAAAGAAGAAAACUUGGAAUUAUAAACAAUGCCGUCCAGAGGGAAGUACUUUAUUAAUGAAAAUGAAACUCGUCGAAGAACAGACUCACUCUUUGAGACCUACUUCUAUAUAACCCAGCAAUUCCCACUUGUUUUUCAUUUCCUGUUGAUUAUUACUGUGGCUUGUAUAGCCCUGAUUAUCACCUUCUUUGCCACUGAUCUGAAAGUUCUGGAUCAUCUUCGCUUUUUUGUUACAUUAUGCAUCGCUCUGGGGAUAUUUGUAGUCAUUUUUGUUCUGGUCUUCAUUGAGUCGUUAUUUCAAAGAUGCAUGAAGAUAUUCGCGUUGUUUAUUUGGCUUUGCCUUCUUAUCAUGGGGUAUAUUUUCAUUUUCACUGGUGAACCUAUCUCCGCUUGGGACCAGGUGCCAUUCUUUUUGUACAUUGUCUUUGUUUUAUAUACAAUGCUGCCGUUAUCGAUGCGGGAUGCCAUCAUUGCCAGUCUCCUGUCGUCCGUCUCUCAUUUAGUUACGCUCAGUAUUUAUCUCUCAACUUCACUGAAACCACCCAUCUACCUUGCUCAUCAGCUGAUCUCCAAUGCUGUGAUAUUUUUGUGCGGUUGCUUAGUUGGCUUUUUUCACAAGUUUUCAAUGGAACAUGCCCUGGAACAGACUUACGAGGAUACUUUGAGUUGUAUCCAAAUCAGGAUGCAGUUGGAUGUGAAGAAAAAACAGCAGGAAAGCCUGCUGUUAUCUGUGCUGCCUGUUUAUAUAUCAAUGGAAAUGAAACUAUCUAUCAUUGAGCGUUUGAAAGAGAAUAACGACUACCCACACAAGCGUGAUAAUUUCCACAGCUUGUAUGUGAAGAGACAUCAGAAUGUCAGCAUCCUCUAUGCCGAUAUUGUUGGUUUUACCCGUCUGGCUAGUGACUGUUCACCCAAGGAGCUGGUUGUCAUGCUGAAUGAGCUGUUUGGGAAGUUUGACCAAAUUGCUAAGGAGAAUGAAUGUAUGAGGAUUAAAAUACUGGGUGAUUGCUAUUACUGCGUCUCAGGACUUCCCGUAUCUCUACCAAAGCAUGCCAAGAAUUGCGUUAAAAUGGGACUUGACAUGUGCGAUGCUAUUGAGCAAGUGCGGGAUGCAACAGGUGUAGACAUCAGUAUGCGAGUUGGAGUACAUUCUGGCAAUGUACUGUGUGGUGUAAUUGGGCUGAGGAAGUGGCAGUACGAUGUAUGGUCACAUGACGUAACCUUAGCCAAUCACAUGGAAUCUGGGGGAGUGCCUGGUCGUGUACAUAUCACUGCGGCAACGCUGAGCUAUUUGCAUAAGGCCUAUGAAGUUGAAGAAGGAAAUGGACACCAAAGAAAUGCCUACCUCAAUGAAUUGAAGCUUAAAACUUACCUAGUCAUUGAUCCAAGGACAAAGCAGCAAAGCCCAAAGAGUCGACACCUGCCAAAGCCAAGACAUGUUAACGAUGGACUAAAAAUGAGAGCGUCUGUCCGCAUGACGCGAUACCUGGAGUCUUGGGGUGCAGCAAAACCGUUUGCCCACUUUCAGCAACGGGACAAUGUUAGCUCUGAAAUCUCAGCACCGAGCGGAAAGAUUGGGAAGGAAAUCCCAGUACAUCCUCUUGGACACCACAGGACAUUGGAUCGAAACAAAUCACAAAAGAGACGAUUUGAAGAGGAACUGCGUGAAAAAAUGAUAACAACAAUCAAUGGGAUGAAUUCACCAAAAGAAUCAAUUAAAUGUGGCAUCUUUGCCCAUCUGAUGCCGUCAUUCAAUGAAAAGGGUCUGGAAAGAUUAUAUCGUUCAGUCUGUAUUCGUUCCAUGAGGUAUUACGCUGGUUGUGCCAUGUUGAUAUUCUGUUGCAUAUUUGUGAUCCACUUGCUAGUUAUGCCAAGAACGGAUACACUGGGGAUAUCAUUUGGAAUUGCUGCUGUUAUUCUUCUGAUAAUUCUCUUCAUUUCUUUUGCUGGUUAUGUGAAGCAGUGGAAGAAUUGUUGGUCUUCAAAUCCAUUCACUGGCAUCUCUGAAGCUAUUACAACAAAACCAAUAUUACGGCUACCAUUGACUCUCAUUGUCAUAAUUGUUGUAUUGGCCAUUUCAGUUUUGAACUUGCAUUCAAUGCCAGAAGAGCACAAUGAGAAAAAUGUGACAAACUGCUCUCUUGUUCACUUCCAACAUAAUACCAACAAAACAGAGUGUGAGAAUUAUUACCUUCCCUAUUAUGUGUGCUGUUGUAUCCUGGGGCUCAUCACCUGUUCAGUCUUCCUCAGAAUUAGCUUUGAACUGAAAGCUCUCCUCUUAAUUACUGCCUGUGUGGUUUAUAACAUCAUUUUCCUGAAUAAUUAUGUUAACUUGUUCAAGAAUUACAAGACAUUUCUGUACAACAGCAGUGAGGCUCCAAGCCCCAUGAAAGAUCCAAUGAUAAUGGGUAGCUUUUGCCUCCUCCUGUUUGGAUUUACGCUGCUGCUUUUAAUAAUACAGAAUGAAUAUUAUUGUAGACUAGACUUCCUAUGGAAGAAUAAGUUUAAAAGGGAGAGGGAAGAAAUUGAGACCAUGGAAAACCUGAAUCGCCUUCUGCUGGAAAACGUGCUGCCAGGGCAUGUUGCUGAGCACUUCAUUGGUGAAAAUAAAAAGAAUGAGGAUUUGUAUCAUCAGUCUUAUGACUGUGUUUGUAUCAUGUUUGCCUCAGUUCCUGACUUCAAAGAGUUUUACACAGAAUGUGACGUAAACAAAGAAGGACUUGAAUGCCUGAGACUAUUAAAUGAAAUAAUUGCAGAUUUUGAUGAGCUUUUGUCAAAACCAAAGUUCAGUGGUGUUGAAAAGAUCAAAACUAUUGGGAGCACCUACAUGGCUGCUGCAGGCCUUAGUAUUGCCACAGGUCAAGAAAAUAAACAGGAUCGUGAAAAGCAUUGUGCUCACAUUGGCAUCAUGGUGGAAUUUGCCACUGCUCUGAUGAGUAAGCUAGAUGGCAUCAACAGGCAUUCUUUCAAUAAUUUCAAACUACGUGUUGGAAUAAACCAUGGGCCUGUGAUUGCUGGUGUUAUUGGAGCACAGAAGCCUCAGUACGACAUAUGGGGGAACGCAGUUAAUGUUGCUAGCAGAAUGGAAAGUACUGGUGAACUUGGUAAAAUCCAGGUGACAGAAGAAACUUGCAAUGUUUUGCGAAAACUAGGAUAUUCUUGUGAAUCUCGAGGACUAAUCAGCGUGAAAGGGAAAGGGGAUCUACAGACUUACUUUCUGUGCACUGACAUGAACAAGUCACACUGAAUCUGACCAUAUACCAAGUCACUCACACUGAAUGCAAAAUGGACUACUGAGUUCUAGUAGCAGAAAGUGAUAUUUCCAUUCACCAAAAGAUUGCCAGUUGCACUGUAGGCAUUUAUAUGUAUUUUUAAGAAAAGUGUCAGCAAUAAGUGUUAUUUUCAAAUAUGAAAAACACAAGAUUAAUAUUGAGAUUUUUAUUUAAAAUUUGAGAUACAAGAAACUUUUAAAAUAACUGUGUGGUUGUUUCAUGAUCUCUUAAAACACAUUAAAUUCCACUGCCUAUUGUAAUACGGAUGAUAAUACAGAAGCUAUACUUGGAAAAUGCAUUCAGUCCAAUUUUGUUUAAAUUGUGGCAGUAAGUCUUUUGCUGUGUUUUAGGUCUGAAUUAUAAUGUACAUAUAAAUAUGAUACAAAUGGAUUGCAACAUUGUAAAUGCAUGUGAUGCCAUGGAGAUGUUUAUAUAAUUUUUUUGGACUUUGAAACUGAACAAAUGCAUUGUCAACAGGAUUGUUCUUGUCUAAUCAGCAGAGUUGUUACAUUACAUAAACGUGCUCUUAUCUGUGUUCACUUUUUUAAAAUAGUUUUGAGAGCUGUAAACUGUACUGCCACAAUAAGUCAAUAAUGUAGUGCUUAUUAACAGCUAUUACGAAGUUCAAGUCUGUCUUUAUUUAUAUUCAUUUCUCCAUUAUCGUUUGCUAACAAAAAUCACUUCAGACAUAGUGCUUGUUAGGGAUUAUCCUGAAGUUAUGUAAGUAUGUAAAUAUAGCAGAUAUUAAUUCGAAGAAGAACCAGUCUUCUGUUCAUAAUUGUAAAUUGCUAGCAGUAAAUUGAAGUUAAUCUGGCCCACAGACUAACAUAUAUGGUUUGCAAAACAGUGACCAUGAGAUGUUUACAUGUGAGUUGAAUAAAGCGGUUGUGUUAAUUGCCCUGCAGCAAUCCAGGCAACUAUGGGCUGAAAUAAUUUGCAUCAUUUUAAAUAAGUUCAAGUGAGUUUGCAAUAAGGAAAAAUAUUUGAAUGUUCAAAGUUGUCUCCCACUGUAGAUAUGCAACUCGAAGGAAGUGUUGUCAACCCAAAGUAUUAAGGGUAUUGAUGUUAUUCUAACUAUUGAAACCAUAUUAAAUCACCUAAUCAUAGAUCUUAAGUGUACAGUAUAAAAAUGUGAUGUACUUGAGGGUUUGUGAGUCUCCACUGAGAUUGUCUCCAGAAUGAUGCCUGCAUGUUGUGGAGAAUAAAGACUUCUGUAUCACCAGCUUCAUUAUCUCGCCAGUGACUUCGUUCACAGUCACCACAUUUGGGGGCUUGUCCGGGAUACGUUCAUGACCCAUUGUGUGGCCAGUGACUAAAGCAGUAGUACCCAACUUAGAUCUCUUCAGGUCAAUGAUCAUGGGAUCACAAAAUAUCAAAGAACACGGCAAAGAGCUGAACUGGGUGGUAUAAAAGUGUAAGAGAGUGUGUGUGUGUGUGUGUGUGUGUGUGUGUGUAAGGUACUAGACAUUUUUAGGUAGCUGGAUGAGACAGAGUCACCUGUUGUGAAAGUGGUUACUGACCAUUUGGGACAUCAGAGGAGUGCAUGUAUACUUCGGGAGUCUGCAUAAUUGUUUGUGAGUGUGUAUAUGUAUUUUAAGAAUAAGUUUUUAAAUUUUAGAGUAACAGAUUUUUGUAUGAAAGGAAAUACAACAGGCAUCAAUGAGUUCAGUGGCACAGAAGUGGAAUAUUGCUGAGUACGUACUCUGUGGUUUUUAAAUAUGUACUGUUUAAUUUUACCCAUCCCUUAUAUUUUGCUUAAUAUGGUAAUUAGUGUGGAAAUAUUUGAGGGAGAAGUUAUACCCACGCAUAUCUGUUGGGAUGGCCCAUACUGAGGUCAGGCAAUGACAGAUCGGGAAUCCUGAUGAUCCGAGCCAGCCCUUGACCUUGAUUACUAUCAUUCACAAGCCCUUCACCCCCAGGGAAAACCAGACCAUUUUGUCCGAGCUGCCCUCACCUAAAAUCCUUUGUGGGAAUUCAGAAUUGUGUCACAAGCUUGAAGAAAUGACUGAAAUUCACCAGAUCUAUCCCACAGAUAUACGGUGCAUGUACCCGAAUGAAGUGCCCAAAGAAUAUGUGGGACAAUGUGGCCCAAGGAGUGCAAGAUGGUCCAUGGGUAACUAGCAGAAUGCCAGUAACAAAGAGAGAGGAAGUUAAGGGGGAAGUUGAGGCAGCGACUGAGAGGAGGUGAGAGUAACUGGCAUGAUGAUGUCAGUGAUUCAGAGAGCAGAUGAGGCUGCCAUGGAUUAUGUGGAGUGUAAAUAUGUGAGGAGUACUCAGGGCUGGGCAAAAUGUGACUGUGAUUGAAGUCACUGGAGAGAUACUGAAGCUGAUAUAGACGUCUUUAUUUGUCACAGCAAGCGGGUAUCACUCUGGAGACUCACACACGCAAAGGUACCUCACAUUUCUAUAUCCUUAAGAUCAAUGGUAAUAGUAGAUGUUUCAAUACGGCUUCAAUAGUUACAAUGAUGUUGACAAUUUUAAUACUUUGAGUUGACAGGGCUUCUUUUGAUUUGCAUUACCUACAGUGGGAGAUGCUUCUGAAUGUUCAAAUACCUUUUCUAAUUGCAAGCUUCCCUGAACUUAUUUACAAUGGCACAAAUUACCCAUAGUGGACCAGGUUCCUGCAGGGCAAUUAACACAACCCCAUUGUCUAACGCAUCUGCAAGUAUCUCGGGGUACCAUUUUGCAAACAUAUCUUUUGGUCUGAGGGCCAUAUAAUUUCAAUUUACUGCUUGUAAUUUACAAUAAGAACUGAGGAAUGAUUCUUCCUCGAAUUAGUAUCUGCAUAACUCCAGAAUACUCCCUUGCAGUGCCAAAGUUGCUUCAUAAAAUCAUGUUACUGUAGCUAAAUCAUUAGAAGCGUCUGAAGCGAAGGUACAUAUGUUUUUACAAGAUAGGAUAUUUUUAAAAGAUCAGCAAAUUGAGGGCUAUGAGGAACUUGCACAGAAAAGGAGUUGAGGCCAGCAUGGAUCGGCCAUGAAUACAAUGAAUGGCAGGGCAGGAAGCUUACACUCCUAUUUUCUUACGUGUUCUUGUGAACUACAUGUUGCAUUUUCAUAAUGCUGCUGCCUUAUUUUUUCAAAGAUGUUGUGUCUCAGCAUUUAAAAACUACUCAAGCAACUCUUUAUUGACCCUUGAUGUUAGUGCAAUGUUGCUCUCUAACCAAUUACUGUGUAAUUUCUUUAACAGUAUAGUGUUCAAAAAAUGUUUCAUGACUGAAACAAUGUUGUAGAGUUUUACUUAAUAUGUGAUCUUUUGACUGCAUAGUGAAGUAUCUUUGGUGUAAUAUGUGAUUAUGAAAUGCAUGAAUUUCACUUUUAAGUUGAAUAAUGUGUGUGAUUCUAAACACACUGUCUUAACUAUUAACCAGUCUUAUAAAAGUAAAAUAUAGUUGAUAAGUAUGGUACAGUCUUUUAUUAUUGUUACAGAAUUUUUUCAACAUUUUGUUGAGGAACCGCCUUAGAUUGUUGAGCACUGUCAUAUUGUUUUUCAUAGAGAUGAGGAAAAUAUUUUCAAUUUAUUUGUUUUAUUUUGUAUUUUUAAUACCAGCUCAUUAAUUCUGGCUUUGAUGAUAUGACUGUUAUCUCAACUGUGUUGAUAAGAUGACAAUUGAGUUGAAGAAUUCUAGAAAAGUAUGCACUGUAUUUUAGGAAAAGAACAAAAUUUAAUGGAUUUUAAAAUUCUACUGUUAGCAUAAAAGUACAAGAGAAGCUUUCUUUUUUGUCAUUUUCUGUGUUGCAUCAUUGCUUGCAAAUGGGUGAAGUACAUUUUUAUGAAUAAUGAAGUAACAAACUUUUCUGAUGAUUCUGAGGAACUGUAACAAUAAAUCAGAUCUGCAGCAGUACAUGUUGAAAUCAUUGAUAUUCAGGGAACUUGAAUAAAGAUUAAUUGACUUUGAA